UCGUGAAUGUCAAGAAAUGUUGACAUGCAUGUAUAAUAGUAAAUAAUAAUAGUAUAGUAAAAGAGAAACCGAAAAUCCUCGAGCACUCAGACUCGUAUAGCCUAUAUGUGAUUAAUCAGUCGGAAGCGGAUCAGAAUCGGAGACAUGGAGCAAUUCAUGAAAUCCAGAUCAUCUUUAUUAAACUUACAACUGCACCGAGAUAUGAAGAACACUUUAAAAAUAGUUCUGCUUUUACUACUCUUGAACGAUGCAUUUGGUGUUGUGAAACAUAAAAUCAAAGUUUCAGUGAAAGAGGGAGAAGAUGUUGCUCUGCGUACUGGUGACACUGAAAUACAGAGAGAAGACUACAUACAGUGGAUGUUUGGAGAUGAAGGAGAUAUCAUAGCUGAAUUCGAUAUAAUGGUAAACUUCUUUGAAACAUAUAACGGCAAGGAUGGGAGAUUUGGUGACAGACUGGAGCUGGAUCGUCGGACUGGAUCUCUCAUUAUCAGAGACACGAGAACAACAGACUCUGGAAUUUAUACAAUGAAGAUAGACAACAAAGGAGCAACCAUCUACAAGAGAUUCUACGUCACUGUUAGUCAUGCAUUUGGUGCCAAGACAAACAAAAUCAGAACACUUUCAGUGAAAGUGGGAGAAAGUGUUGAUCUGUUUUCUGGUGAAUCUGUAAUGCAGAGAGAUGAUGAAGUUCUGUGGAUGUUUGGAAAGCAGCGCAUGAUCUUAGCUGAAAUUAAAACAAGGCACAAAAUCUUCCAAACGUAUCCUGGCGAUGAUGGGAAAUUUAAGGACAGACUGGAGCUGAAUCGAAAGACUGGAUCUCUCAUCAUCAGACACAGCAGAACCUCAGACUCUGGAGUUUAUACAAUGCAGAAAAUCAACAAAGGAGCAGCCAUCUACAAGAAAUUCCAUGUCACUGUUAGAGCUUCGUUCUCCCUGCUUGUAGGACUUAUUACAUUCAUCGUCAUCUUGAUUUGUACGUGCUUGUGUCGCUAAAAGAUAUUAUAUUUAAUGUGUAAACCCAAAACAUUUGAUUUAUUCCUUGAUUUAUUCCUUUUGCAAUCUUUAACAAUAGAUUUGACAAAACAGGAAGGGUUUGUCUCAUUGCAGAUUGGCUUUAGACUUGAGAAGUAAAUUAGAAAAUCUUGUGUUAUAUGUACAUUGUGAUAUAUUUCAUAUAGUUCCUAAGGAUAAAAUAUAGCACAUCAAAGGAUAUCAGUCCAAGUAAAUAUCACAUCAACAACUUUUGUUUUCUGACUUGAAUCUACUUUAUUUAGAGAUUUUAUAGUUAAACAUUUUCAAUGUUAAGUCUUGUUAGUACUGGUUUUAUAAUCCAGAGAGCUCAGCUUACAAUUUCUUGUAAAAAUCCUGCUUGAUUUCUUUAAAAAAUUGUUUGCAGUUGUUUCUAUAAUUCAUUAAA